AUGCCAAUCCCAAAGUCAGGAAACUUCUGCAAUGAAACUAACUACAAAGGAAUUGCACUGUCCAAUAUCUUAUUGAAAGUCAUCAACCGAAUGAUCCUCAACAGGAUUCAACAGGUGCUUGAUAGCCACCUGAGACUAAAUCAAAAUAGAUUAAGACCAGGGAGAUCCACAACAUCUCAGAUCAUAGGCCUGAGGCAUAUCAUAGAAGGAGUUAAAUCAAGACAGCUACCUACCAUUAAAACCUUUGUGGACUUCAGAAAGGCAUUUGACAGUAUCCAUCAUUGCAGAAUGUUGAAGAACUCUCAAGUAUAUGGCAUUCCAGAAGAAUUAGAUCUUGCCAUUGCAUAA